AUGCAUUUGAAACUGGCAUUACUGGUCUGCACGGCGGCGGUCACGGCGGCGGCCCAAGCAAAACCGGGUUGCAACACCACGUGUGGGAACGUGAGCAUCCCCUAUCCCUUGGGCACUAGCGAGAACUGUUACAGAGACGAAAUGUUCUUCCUCAACUGCACAACCACCACGUCCCCAUCAUCUGGAAAACCCAAAAGUUUGGUUUACGGCAGUAAUAUACCAGUUCUCAACAUCUCCAUUGAUCCUCCUGAAUUAACCGUCUCAGCAAACGUUUCCAAACAUUGUUAUGAUUCAAACUUCCCCUUUUACUGGAACUCAAUGUGGUUCAAUGACAAGUUUUCUAUGUCAAACACCAAGAACAGGUUCACUGUGGUGGGCUGUGACACUUACGCUUUCAUCAGGGACCUGAGAAGCAGGUUCAUAACUGGCUGCGCGUUGAGUUGCAGUAACAAGACGAGUUUUCAAGACGGGGCAUGUUCUGGUGUGGGAUGCUGCCAGACCAGUUUCCCCAAAGCCAUCUGGAACUAUAAUAUCAGUAUAUACAGUUCUGAGAACUACAUGGACGUGCUUGAUUUUAACCCUUGUGGCUAUGCGUUUAUGGCCAAGGAAGGAUCCUUCAACUUCUCGUAUCGAGACCUGCUUGAUCUCAGCAACAGAACAGAGUUUCCCGUCGUUGUGGAUUGGGUUGUUUCUAAUCAGACAUGUGAUGAAGCCAAGAAAGAUGAAAGCAGAUUUGCCUGCAAGCAAAACAGUAGAUGCAAAGACUCAGAAAGCGGUAUUGGGUAUUACUGCGUUUGUAAAGAAGGUUUCAGAGGCAACCCCUACCUCUCCCACCAUGAUACAGCCUGCAAGGGUAAGCCUAUCAGCUUUUGCUGUAAUUCCCCAAAACAAAGUAUAUUAAUGAGUGCGACGGGAAGCAUCGCUGCAGUAGGAGAUGCCACAAUGUGGAGGGAAAUUAUACGUGCUCUUGUCCGCCGGGUUAUUGAGGUGACGGCUAUAUGGAUGGAUCACGGAAAUUUCAUUGGGUAA